GCUAAAGAUGGCGAGCAGACCUUCGUCUGCUAAAAAUACAGUAAUUCCACAAUUAAAAGAUUAUGUGUUCACAGAAAAGCUUGGAAGUGGUACAUAUGCGACCGUCUAUAAAGCUUAUAGAAAGACUGGAGUAAGAGAGGUGGUAGCUAUAAAAUGUGUUCUUAAAAGCAGUUUGAAUCGUACAUCUACAGAAAAUCUUUUAACAGAAAUUGAAUUGUUGAAGAAAUUGAAGCAUGAAAAUAUCGUUGAGUUAAAAGAUUUUAGGUGGGAUGAUGUAUACAUUUACCUUAUCAUGGAGUAUUGUAGUGGUGGAGAUCUCAGCCAUUUCAUCAGGAAGAAGAGAGCCUUACCUGAGCAGAUUGUUAAAAGAUUUCUGCAACAGAUAGCACAAGCUAUGAAGUUUUUGUGGGAUAACAAUGUAGCACACAUGGACUUAAAACCUCAAAAUAUUUUACUUACAUCAGUGACACAUCCUAGAUUAAAAAUAGCAGAUUUUGGAUUUGCUAAACAUCUGUAUGAUGGUGAUGAAUUGAGAACUAUGAGAGGCUCGCCGUUAUAUAUGGCACCAGAAAUAAUAUGUUCUGGUAAUUAUGAUGCUCGAGUUGAUCUCUGGUCUAUAGGAGUUAUUUUAUAUGAAUGUUUGUUUGGUAAGGCUCCUUUUGCUUCCAAAAGUUUUAAAGAAUUAGGAGCCAAAAUUUGGGAUGAAAGAUCUGUAGAGUUACCAUAUGGUGUAGAUAUAUCAGAAAAUGCUAGAGAUAUAGUACUAAGAUUACUACAAAGAAAGCCAGAAGAUAGAAUUACAUUUGAAGAAUUUUUUGCUCAUCCUUUCAUAGAUUUAGAACACACACCUAAUUCACAAUCGCUACAAAAUGCUACUAAUCUGGUAACAGAAGCAUGUACAUGUGAUAAAAAUGGUGAAUAUGAUAAAGCUGUUAGAUUAUAUUUUGAUGCCUUACAAUAUUUUGUUGCUGCUAUACAUUAUGAAGAAGAUUCUAAUAGAAAAACUAUAUUACGUAGAAAGGUAAAGGAGUAUAUGGGUAGAGCUGAAGUACUAAAAGAUAUGAUUAAACCUGGUCAUAGCUCAGAAUCUAACAAUUCUAUGGUACCAACUGGUUGUGAUAGUUCUCUUACCAAUACACAUAUCGAUUUAGUUGAAUUAUGUAAGGGUCACAAAGAGUUAGAAGCGGCAAUCAAACUUAUUAAAGCGGCACAACAUGAGGUUGAAAAAGAAGAUUUUGAUAAGGCUUUAAAACAUUAUGAGAUGUCUUUAGGUGUUCUGAUAAAAAUUUUACCAGAAGAACCUCCUGGUAAGAGAAAGGAUAUUUUGAAUAAAGAGGUUCCUAAAUGGUUAAGUGAAGCUGAAGAGAUUAAAUCAUAUCUAUCUGUUAAACAAUUACAUACUAAUGAUACAUCACAAGUAGAAGAAGAUACAUCUUUAAGUUAUUUUAGUAAAGAUCAAUGUGAAAUACAGUGA